ACCUAUAUUAGUUCAAACACUUCCCCAACAUUUCCUUGUUCUGCUGCAGUCCCACAGUCAGCCAUGAUCCUGCAGGCUGCCGUGCUCAGUGUCCUCCUCUGCUCAGUCUACAGUUUUACUGUACAGGCUUCUUUGGAAAAGAGUAAGGAGUACUCUGGAAACACCAUUGAGGAUGAUGAUUACAGUGUGUCAACAUUGCUAGAGAAGGCCAAUAGGAAUGUUGGUAAAAACUUUGAUGAGCCUCUAGUGAUGUUUGGAGACAUCGCAAUGCCAACAGGUCUGCAGAAUGCUGAUCCCUGUACACAGCGUGGAUGCCUGUGGCCUAAAGCCACUGAUGGCAAUGUCUAUGUACCCUACCGCAUCUCCAACCAGUACUCCCAAAGAGAGAGAGAUACCAUCAUCCGAGGUCUGCGGUCAUUUGCUGCAUCCACCUGUAUCCGCUUCACCCCCUUGAAUCGCCAGAGGGACUUUGUGGACAUCCAGUCUCGCUCAGGGUGUUAUUCAUAUGUCGGGCGUCGUGGUAAUGCCCAGAUAGUGUCUUUAAGUCGCCAAGGCUGUGUUUUCGAGCAGAUUAUCCAGCAUGAGCUGCUCCAUGCCCUGGGCUUCGACCAUGAACAGACCCGGUCUGACAGGGACCAGCAUGUUCGCAUCCUGCUGCAGAAUGUGAUACCUGGAAUGGAGUUCAAUUUCCGGAAGAUCCAAACAAGGAAUCUUGGCACUCCCUAUGACUACAACUCUGUCAUGCACUAUGGAAGGUAUGCCUUCUCAAGGAACAGGCAGCCAACCAUCAUUCCCACCCCUAACAGCAAUGUAGCCAUUGGCCGGGCCACCCAGAUGAGUGCUACUGACAUCCUACGGGUGAACCGCCUAUAUAGCUGCAAUUCAACUGUGUCCAGGCCUCACCUGAAACCUGUGCAUGGAGACCGUGUCCUUUAAAACAAGAAAGCAAGGGCUCAAGAGGUAUAGAGGCAGAUUGUUGCAAGUUUUUAUCUUCAAGCCAAACCACAGAGGCACCCUGUGCUUAAUGAGUAUGCUUUCAUGAAAUUCAGAACAUGAUUAUAAUUGCUGUUAUGCUGGGCUAUUGAGAAAUGAAAAGUGACAUCAUUACAAAUGUACUCUUUCAUAUAACUGUACAAUAACCGCUUGCAAACUUGAUUGAAUACUAAUAAUGAAUAAAAAUAUACAUCCAGAUACCUCAA